GUGGUGCCAAUGGCAUGAACAUUUAUUUGAACGAAAUAAAUGAAAUCAAACACUGAAGGAAUAUUUUAGCCUUUGCAACUUUGAGCACAUUUAGGACACACUGGGGCUUUAAAUGGCUUUUUGGCCCUUGGGCACCCAGUUAAACGCCCACGUCAGCAAAGUCGACCAUUCGGUCUGAACGGGUUUCGGUCUUUAGGGCUGAGCAGGAAGUGCUUGAGUGGGAACCCUGUUUGUAAAAAACAGGGGGAGAGGCCAGCAGAAAUAAAAGAUGGAAAUGGUGACAGACAUGGGGUCGACUCGACUCUAUCGGCCAUCGGGUGAACCGGGUCAUCAUCAGCAGGCCCAGCGAUGGUUCAACGCGGCGGACAUCACGGUGGCCCACCAGAGACACCUGCUGAAGCAGCUGGACCAGCAGCGCUGCCAGGAGCUGUUCUGCGACUGCAGCGUGCUGGUGGAGGGGCAGCUGUUCCGCGCCCACCGCAACGUCCUCUUCGCCAGCAGCGGCUACUUCCGCAUGCUGCUCUCCCCCCAGGGCUCGGACACGGCCUCGGCCACCUUCGACACCUUCAGCCCCGACACCUUCGCCCUCAUCCUGGACUUCAUCUACUCGGGUCAGCUGGACCUGUCCAGCCACAACGUGAUCGAGGUGAUGUCGGCCGCCAGCUACCUGCAGAUGACCAGCGUCAUCAACCACUGCAAGACCUUCAUCAAGUCCUCCCUGGAGAUCAGCGUGAAGGAGGAAGAGGAGGAGCUGGUGGUGGAGAGGGGUGGGGGUGGGGGCGGGGGCGGCAUCCACCUGAUGGAGGCGCAGGGCCCCUUCUCCUGCGGCGACGACGACGACGACGACGACGACGAGAACCUCUCGGACCAGGAGGUCGAUCGUCCUCAUCAUCCGCCCCCUCAUCUCCGUCUCCACCCGCAGGGCGCUCAGACCCCCGCGGGCUCCGUGAGCCCCCCGCCGGCCCUGUGGACCCACGACGGGGCCCACCUCACCAAGCAGGUGUUCUUGCUGAAGGACCCGGAUCAGACGGCGCCGUCGCUGGCCGCCAGGGCCGACAGCGGCGGCGACGGGGGCGGCUUGAGCCCGGCUCACGAGGGGCUGGAGGAGGCCAACACGGGGGCGGAGGACCCCCUGGACCCCCUGUUCACCGUGUCGGGCCCGGAGCAGCGGCGCAGGAAGAGGGGGUCCCGGAGGACGGGCCCCUACUGCACGCGCUCGUCCACCAACAACGACCCCCCCGAGGUGCAGGAGGCCCGCUCGCAGAAGGCGGAGAAGGCGGAGGAGCUGUACGCCACCCUGCCCACCAUCGUGGGCGUCAUCGGACAGUUCCAUAACGACUCCAACCCCACCAUGCGCUACAAGUGUCCCUUCUGCACGCACACGGUCAAGAGGAAGGCGGACCUGAAGCGCCACCUGCGCUGCCACACGGGCGAGCGGCCGUACCCCUGCCAGGCCUGCAACAAGCGCUUCACCCGGCUGGAACACCUGCGCAGCCACUUUGAAACGAUCCAUCAGGCGCGGAAGCUGGUGUGCAAGAAGUGCAAGUGUCCGCUGACGGAGGAGGCCAGCCACGUGGUGUGCGAGGGCACGCGGCGCUACCGCAUUUGCGCCACGUGCAUCCAGGAGGAAGUGGGCUUCGAAAGCCUUCCCAUGGAGGACAGCCUGGAGGGCCUUGACCAGGAGCCGGCCCUGCUCCUGGGGGUGGACGGCGAGGAGGAGGGGGAGACCCAGAGGUCCUGGCUGACCAGCAUGGAGCAGGAGGAGGAUGAAGACGAGGACAAUCUGGCGGAAGACUCGGGGACCGAUCUCAUCAUCCACGAGGUGGACGACAGCGACGAGGAAGUGCAGUGAA